CGGGUCUCACUAGCAACAGUGCAGCCACAGUUACACGUGGUCUUGCUUCUGUUUUUGGUGAUCUUUUUCGAUGUUCUGAGGCUCUCCAAGGUCUGAAAUGGCUGCUUGUAUUGAGGAGGGAGCUAGUGCAAUGUCCGAGGAGGAGGAAUACAGGAAGGAAUGCAGUCACUACAGCAGAGGUUGCUCUUUUGUGUCACCCUGCUGCGGUAGAGUGUAUCCAUGCCGACUGUGUCAUGAUGACAAGGAGCUUCAUGAGAUAGACAGACAUGCUGUAUCUCAAGUCGUGUGUCGCAAAUGCUCCAAAAGACAACCAGUUGGUGAGAAGUGUGUCGAGUGUGGUAUACUCUUUGGGAGGUAUUUCUGUGCCGUGUGCCGUCUCUAUGACGAUGCGGACAAGGGUCAGUUCCAUUGUGACAAGUGUGGACUAUGCAGAGUUGGAGGACAGGACAAUUUCUUCCACUGCGACAACUGUGGGUUCUGCCUCUCUCUGGCCAUGAAGGACGGGCACACCUGUCGACGUCAGAUGUCCAAAGACAACUGUCCAGUUUGCAUGGAGGAUAUCCACACUUCCAGGACAGCUGCACACGUACCUAACUGUGGACAUCUGCUACACAUGACCUGCUAUCAAGAGAUGAUGCGGAAAGGCCUGUACCAGUGUCCCCAGUGUCAGACCAGUCUAGCAGACAUGAGCUCUCAUUGGAGGCACAUGGACACAGAGAGAGAGGCAUGGCAACUACCACAGCACCUGCAGGAGUUUAAAGUCAAGGUGAGGUGUCGUGACACUAAUUUCCAUGUGGUUGGGUUCAAGUGUGCUGAGUGUGACUCAUACAACACGGUGCGGUGCGGGACUGAGGAGCUACCUGAAGACCCUCACCCUGGUCCCGGGGGAUUGGCGGGAAUCAUCAGGCGAGUAGCAGCGGCUGCUGGUGAUGGAGACAACCAAGAAGGAGAAGAGGAUGAGAGCGAUUCCAGCUCUAAUGAUGAAAGUGGUGGUAACUCUGAUAAUGACUCGGACCAUGAUGGAGCCAAUGAGGGGCCUGGUAGCUCGGCUCACCGUGGCAACCAACAACCAGACGCAACGGACAGAGAUCAUCACCAUGAUGAUGCGGCUAAUGAUGAUCCAAGCGAGGAUGCCCCUCGUAGACAUAUCCACGACGACGGAGAUGUCGAUGAGGCUAGUUAUGAUGGGGACGAGAGUGACUAUGAGGAAGAUUAUAAUUCUGAAACUUCAGAAGAAUUUUUCGAUUGCUCGAGUCAUAUUGAGCGAAAGAAUUUCCCCUUGAUCCCUCGUCAAAGGCAGAGACAAAGCAUGAGUCGACCAAUCAGAUUGCAGACGAGGCAGUGGCCCCAGUGGUGGGAGAGCGAGGGAGAGGAGGAAAAAGUUUGCGAAAGUUCUGUAAUUAGAACACAUCCAACGUCACAUGUGUGUAGUAGCCCUGGUCACAAGCGAUCUCGAAAACCACACCCACCUAUUCAAGUCAUGGUCGAGCAACUGAACGUUAUGGAUAUAUGGGGAUCUGAUUAUUUCACCGACUCAUUCUCUGAAAUGAGCUCCGAGAACAGCUGCGAAGAAGAUACCGGAUUUGAGGGCAUGAAGUUUUCACAACAACAGCCGGCUCCACUGAAAAAAAGACCAUCGAUUAAUAAUAUACCGUCAUUUAAUGUCCAGAAUGAUACGGCCAGCCAAGAAGGUCAACUGACUCGAAUGUAUUGCAAAUCUCCGUCUCUAACAGUUCCCAUUCAGAACAGACUCAAUACACGCUGCUCAUGUGAUGCUAGUAACGGUCAUGACUCUACCACCGUCUCAUCGCUGAGAGAGACCGAUUUGUUGCCGGUUAAGGACUCAAAUAAUGCCGUUUGUUCAACGUGGGUACGAAAAUCAUCAAGCGAAGAGUCUUGGGUGACAGCUAAUGAGGACUUAGAACUGGGCACUCUUGUUUAAUCAUCUGUAUCUAUUCUUCCUCGUUUUUUUGUGCAUUUCUAAAUUUCUUAGUAUCGUUCUCUUUCUAUAAUUAUAUCCACCUUAUUUGCACAUGCAGUUUGUAUUUUUAUGUGUGUAUGAAAUGAAUAUUUUUGUACAAUAAGACAAUAAUUAUUGAUUGUUGAUGUAUAAUUAA